CGCUAUGAUAACCGGAAGCAUCAAUAGAAGCGAUUGAGAAACGGCGAAAGAGAUCAUCACCUGUCGAUUUCGUUCAUAUAUAUCUCUCCUGUGCUCUCUUUAAUCCCCAUAUCCCACUUCCAUAACACCCGUACCAUUACUUUAAUUUGCUGUCGAGUCGGUCUGGACGGAUAAAGCAGAGUUGGCAGUGUAAUUCUGUGUGCAAACGGGUGGUUUUGAAGGUGCGUUGAAGCCUCGCAACAGAACAAAUGUAAACAAGCAGCUGAUCAGCUGUGCGGCCGAAGACGCGCAACGAAACGGCGUGAUGACAGCGACCUGCAGGGUUUGACAAACAAAUUCUGCGUCAUAUAAAGCGAAAUUAGGAAUUUAUUUGCAUGCUGUAGAGUUUUUAGACGUUAUUGCAGUACACGAGGACAACUCCCAAACCAUCGCCUUCACCUCCAUUGCGGGCAGCAGCGGAUACAGAACAAACAGCUGAUUUAUUUUUUACUGUUUAUAAGGGUGAUAAAUUGAUUGGUUUGUCUUUAUUUCUACUUGAAGACUGGAUAACUUCACGUCUAACAGGAAAAGCAACAGGACUCGAGAAAUAACAAAGCACGAUUGCCUUCUGGGCCCCAAGGUAUAAAUAAAUAUCAGCAACGUUUUAAAAUUUACAUGAAGCUGGAAGUUUAGGGAACUCAAACAUCACAUUUCCUGGCGAGCAGCGCAGUAAGGCUGAAGGAUCGGGACUGUCAUGGCACACCAGCAGAUGCCGAGCUCACAGAAGGCUCUGAUGCUGGAGCUGAAAUCCCUGCAGGAGGAGCCAGUGGAAGGUUUCCGCAUCACUCUGGUGGAGGAGUCGGACCUCUACAACUGGGAGGUGGCCAUCUUUGGCCCUCCAAACACACUUUAUGAAGGGGGCUACUUCAAGGCCCAUAUAAAAUUUCCCAUUGACUACCCCUACUCUCCUCCGACUUUCCGAUUCCUCACCAAGAUGUGGCAUCCAAACAUCUAUGAGAAUGGCGAUGUUUGUAUUUCCAUCCUCCAUCCUCCUGUGGAUGACCCCCAGAGCGGAGAGCUGCCCUCGGAGCGAUGGAACCCCACACAGAAUGUCAGAACAAUCCUGUUGAGUGUGAUCUCACUGCUGAAUGAACCCAAUACCUUUUCACCUGCAAACGUGGACGCUUCAGUCAUGUUUCGCAAGUGGAGGGACAGCAAAGGCAAGGACAAGGAAUACGCCGAGAUAAUAAGGAAGCAGGUGAUGUCCACUAAGGCAGAUGCAGAGCGAGAUGGAGUAAAAGUACCAACUACGCUAGCUGAAUACUGCAUCCAGACCAAAGUGCCUUCCCACGACAGUAGCUCCGACUUGCUCUACGACGAUUUAUAUGAUGAUGACAUAGAAGAGGAUGAUGAUGACGACGACGAGGCAGAGGCCGUUGGGAUUGGCAGCGAAAUGGCCGGGGACUGUUUUGGCGACGAAGACGACUCUGGCAACGAGGAGUCUUGACCUCCUUCUUUCCGUGACACUGACCUUCGCCCUCUCACUAUUCUUUACCCCGACAGCCUCAUGUUUCAUAUUGUCUUUUCUCUUUUCCUAUGCUUAAAGCUUUCGUUUUUCACUCUGUUCCAAAAACCUCAUAACUUCAGAUCUCUGUCCUUACAGCACCUUCCAGUUUCUCAGUAAAGUUCACUAUGGGGUCAUAAACCAGUCAUUUGUAGUUACAUUUUACAUCCCACCUUCUCCUGCCUCUUAACCUCAGGGCUUUUGGAUAUUCAGAGCUUGUCAGGCCACCUUAAAUAUGUUCAUUUCAAUUUUUUUAAGGGCUAAUUCCUACAAAAAUGUAAAAAUAUGUCAUGAUUUAUUAGCCCACAUGUUGUUCCAAAACCUGUAGGACUUUCUUACUUCCGUGGAACAAAAAAAGAGAUUUUGAAGGACGUUUGAGCUGCUUUUUCUCAUAGAUUAUAACCAAACAAUGCCUGUGUAAUAUUACUUCCCUACUAUAUGGUAUGUGUAAAACAGUAUGUGAGAGGAAUAUGAUGUCUGAAUUCACAGUAUUGAUAACAACAGUAAAGUAUCCAGAUGACCUACUACCAAAGACUUUAUAUACAGAAAGACGGUCCACUCGUAUUACAAUGAAUCGGAGAAAGUGCAACGCGCAAUAUAGCAGAAUAUGUCCCGCCUUCUAAAUAAAAGAGCCAAUCAACGAUUGGUAAAGUCAUCACGUCACUCCAGUUGCCGUUUGCUGUAGAAACAGUCAGUGUUCUGAGACGCAUUAGCUUGGUCCAGCCUGAAAAAUGCUAGUUUUUGUCAUGAUUCAAGUGUUUAGAAACACAAUUUAUGAGACGGCUGUUGUCAGAUUUCAUUGGUGAUUUCAAAUAUGAAAUUUAAUUGUAAACUUGGUGAACAGUUUUGGAGAAUUUGAUGUUUCCCCAUUCAAAGAUAAAGGAGCUGCACUUGCAUGCCUCAAAAUCAAAAUUAGCCCAUUCGCAUUUCAGGGAGAGUCCCCUAGUAAAAAUUGCAUUUCGGGGGGUAAAAUCCGCGUUUUUUGGCGGGGUUCCUCUGGUCAAAUUCGCAUUCCAUAGGCUAAAUAUCAUGUUAUUUGGGGUCGCUUCAACCUGCGGACAUGAAAAACAGUGUUAAAGUACCCCAAUUCUGCGGGAAAACCGCAGACUUGGCAACACUGGAGAGGCGUUUCAAAGAUGGCCGCUGAGUAAAAUAAAUUGUCUUAAGGGGUCUUUGCCUACUACUUCCAGCGAGAUUCUGAAAUGCCCAUCUGAUGGACGCUUUACUAUCCCAUAAGGCCACGGGAUAGGAGUUAUUGCAUCAGCUAUGUUGCUUCACUGCCAAUCAAAAGUAACACGACAGCUGCAAAGUUCGUUCUUCAUCAAAUGUACCAUGCGAUUUCAGACGCGCUCCUAAAACGACACUAAAAGCACCAUAAUAGUAUGACGAGUGAGCUAUAUUCUAAAUAUUUUGUAAUCUUCUCAUAGCUUCAGAAGAGGAAUAGGACCAAAAUUUAAGUUCUUAUUCAUUCUAAAGUUUCAUUUAAGCAUUCAUGUGCCAAAUUCGCUCCGCUGAUUCUUGCUUGUUUCUUAACCGAAUUCAGUGUGCCAGUUUGAAUCAAGGGAGCCACACAGGUUUGGAAUGACAUGAGGGUGAGUAAAUAAUGAUAAAAUUUUAAUUUUUUGAGGUAACUAACCCUUCAACCCACCCAUGAGCUAGUUAUGCCUGGUAAAAUCACCAACAAAUGAAUGUUUUGUUCUUUUCCCAGAUUUUCAAGUAUGUACAGAUUCUACAGAACUGUCUUUACAGUAUAGGGCUUCACUGAUUCCACUCUACAGUAUGUAUCUAAUUUCCCACUUUUCCACAAAAAAAAAGGUAAGUAUUCAAGGUUGGGAGAAUGGAGCAUGAAUAGACUGUUUCUUUCACAUAAAAUUUAAGUGUCAUCAUUAUGAACAGCCAUCCACAUCAGCAGGGUCACCUUCACAACUACUAACUACACACACUCUUUUAUGCGCAGCUCGUACCCCCCCAAAUCAUUUGAGCUUUUUGAGCCAUUAAAUCACGGUGUCAGAUUAUAUGGCACAUGAAGGUGCUUUCAAGUGCUCAGCAACACAAGCAUUAAAACUACUUCCAGCAUACCUUCGUUCGCUGACCCAGAAACUAUGAUGAGACUGUUUAAGUCACUAAGAUGAUGUCCAACGUUCGGCCCUGAAUAUUUGAUCCACCAAUUUUGGCUGAAGCUAAUCAUACUGUUAUGCUUUUAAGUAUACACAUACUCAUCAUAAGUGAUCACGUAUGAGUGUCCAAGCAGCUGUACCAAACCAUUUCUAUUUCUCCUUUUCCUCACUGAUUUUGAAGAUAAUCUUGGGAGUUUUUAAGUUCGGGGUUUGAGAUCAGUGACUGCUGAGGACAUAUUUCACUCAUCAGCCUGAGCCCUCUCAUCCCCAGUCUUAUGCUUUUUUGCGUUGGCAACAGUGCCACGGUGGGCCGUAGCUUUCAAGAGCAUGCUUGUGUGUUUUAAUGUGUUUUCUAUGACGUGUCAAUCAUCCAAUGAGGCACACGAAUCCCUAAGGUCUCAUUAAAGGGGGUGGAAGCGCAGACGUUUAUGCACAUGGGGUCUCAGGUACACCUUUAUUCCCGCAAACCAGCCAAGGACACGGAUGCUGAUUCCUGGUCCUACGAAACCCCUCCAAAAGGGAGUGUGGAUCUGAGGAUCUCGAGGGAACCGUGCUCUCUUAUUCUGCCGAGCAUCAGGAACUCACUGAACUAUCAAAAACAAUCGUUCCCGACUCAGUUGCUCUCUUGAACCUCUGGACUGUGAGCCAAGGGGGCUCAAAAGGGACGUGAAUCGAUUAAAACGGACUGGAUUUUUCACGUUCUACAAGAGACUCUCGGUGUAUUUACACCCCUGUGCACAGCAAAACAACUAAGUUCAUUUCAAAAAGUGUUGUGACGUUAGUCGACAGUGGAUUUGUCUUGAAGGAUUUUAUUAUUUGUGUGUCAUGAUUGUUUUAAAUGUUUCAUUAAGGAUUUUUUGUUUUUCAAAUGCUAAUUCUUUGACAGGAUUCGUGGUCCUGAUCAAAACAACCGAAUUCAUUAUUUGCUCUAAGUUCAGUGCAUUUCCUUUUUCUUGUAAUGUUGUUAAAGGGAAUAUCAUUAUAAAGAUUCACGUGAAGAAGAAUGGAAAAACAGUAAGAAUGAAUCUAAAUCCAUACCUGUUUCUAUUCUAAACAUAAGUAUUUGAGUUUUAGGGUGGAGGGGUGUAGGGGUGGGGGGAUGUCCAGUAUGAUCAUUUUAAGACUGUGCUUGUAUGAUCACAAUUCAUUUUUGUUUGUGUGUAUGUACAGGAGUUAAUGCUCCUUAGCAAUUAAACCAUUAGACAACACA